AUGCCUCACACAAGCAGGGCGGAGAAGUCCUCAAAGUCCUGCAACGAGGACCGGAUCAGCGCCCUGCCGGACGACGUCCUGCACCAUGUUCUGGGCUUCCUGCCGGCGGAUGAGGCAGUGCACACCUGCCUGCUUGCCCGGCGCUGGCGCUGUCUUUGGAAAUCCAUGCGCCGUCUUCGCAUCAACGAAAUGGGGAGGUGGGGGGUGAGCACCGGCGGCCUUUUCCUUAUUAAGUUUGUGAGCUGCCUGCUGCUCCUCCGAGACCCUGGCUCGACUCUGGAUGAGGUCGAGAUCAAGUAUGAUCAUCAUUUUGAAGACGACCUUACUUGGAUAUCAACAUGGAUCCAUCAUGCUUUGUCAUGCCAAACUCAGGUCCUCACUGUCAAGUUCCCUUUGCCGGUGUAUGUGCCCCGCUAUUUGGAUGGCCCUCCUCUGGUCUCCCGGUAUUUAAGAAGAUUAGAGAUUUCUGAAGGGAGGUUGAAGAGCAACUUCCUAAAUUUUUCAAGCUGUUCAACGCUGGAGGAUCUAAAGAUAAAAGACUGUGACUUAGAUGCUAGUAGCAUCCUGUCCCAGUCUGUAAAGCAUCUGAGCAUCAAGGAUUGUUUUUUCAAGGAUGAUGUCCGGAUUAAUAUUUCUGUUCCAAAUCUUGUUUUGCUGCAACUCAAAUCAUGUGGAGGUAGAACCCCAUUUCUCGAAAACAUGUUGUCAUUAGAAACCGCAGUUGUCAGUUCUGAAAUCUGGUCAGUGGAUUACUGUCAUAAAGGUUUUUUUGCUGGGGAGUGUUGUGGUACUUGUCUGGAUUGCUGUGGUAAUGAUGGCCUCAAGGGUGGUUGCGUACUUCUUGGAGGUCUGUCUCGUGCUAAAAACUUGGAGUUGAUAGCUCAUCCGGGAAUGUUUAUUUUCAAAAGGGAUUUGAGAUGGUGCCCUACAUUUAGUAAGUUAAAGACAUUGUUGCUGAACGAGUGGUGUGUGCAACCUGACCUCCGUGCACUAGUUUGUAUGCUUGAACAUUCGCCGGUUCUUGAGAAUCUGACACUUCAAUUGCGUAAGCAAGAAAAACCCACAUGUUCAGUGGAAGUGGAAGAAAAUGCUCGUUUGAUGGAGAAACCAGCGGCUAUUUCAGGAUACCUAAAGAUUAUCAAAGUGAAAUGUGAAGAGGUUGAUGGCAGAGUUUGCAAAGUUCUGAACUUUUUGAGUACAUUUGGCAUUGAAAUUACUAUCCAAAGGACCAAGGGAUAG